CUGGAGGGACGUGGUAGCGAGUGACAGCACAGAGGGAACGGAGGGAUGAAAGGAAGGUUGUUUCUCGUUUAGAUAUGGGCUACAUCGCCCUGUCAACCUAACGAGUUAGUGUAACGGUACAACAAUGCCUUGGACAAAGUUUGGUUUCUCUAACUGUGUAUAUGUCUGAGUUAUUUCAAGUUUAAAAUGUGGGAGAUGGUGGUGUUGUCGAGAGCGAGGUCUCCUCCAGUUGUCCAGGACAAGAUGGCAGCAGUGCAGACAGAUGUACAUGUUAUGAGUACAUUAUAAGUAUAUAAAAUGUUAGGAGAAGCAUUGGAUCCCACCAACUGUUACUCUACGUGAAGGUAUGGCCUCACAAGUCUUGGUCUACCCACCACACGUUUAUCAAACUCAGACAAGUGCCUUUUGCAGUGUGAAGAAACUCAAAGUUGAACCCAGCAACUGUGUUUACCAUGAGAGGGCCUUCUCACUGACAUUUUUGAAUGGUAGAACCCUUGGCGUUGCACAACCAACGAAACUUGUGCCGACUUACAAGACACGAGAUUUUUCAGGUGGUAGACACCGCCGGCAGGACUUUCCAGUGCAGACCGCUGCAGUACGAGGUGUGCAACGGCAGACGCCCAGCGCAGCAGCGCCUCGAGAAAAAGGUGUCCCGUCACAGGGCAAAGAUCCAGAGCACACAGCCCAAGGCAGGAGGAGCAGCGGUGGAGCAACCAGGGCAACCGGAGGGGUCCGCGGCGAGGACAGCGGAAGCAGAGGGGGAGGGGCCAGAAGACCGGGUGACGGACGGGCUGACGGGGGAUUUGGAGAACACGCCUGUGGUUUCAACUUAGUCGACAGCUCCCAGAGAUGCGGGCUGAAACGUAAGAGCGAGGAGCUUGAGACCUUGAGCAGCGCCAUGCAGAUAGUGGAUGACCUGUCAAUGCUACCUGCAAUGUUGCAAACAAAUGUGGGAAAUGCGCCAGUUGCUGUCCCAGCAGCAGUGGGUGGAGGUCCCAUAAAGCAAGGGGCUGGUACUGGCAGCGGAGAUGGGGACUACCAGCUGGUGCAGCACGAGAUGCUUUGUUCAAUGAAGAACACCUACGAGGUGCUGGACUUCCUCGGCCGUGGUACCUUUGGACAAGUGGUCAAAUGCUGGAAACGAGGCACCAGUGAGGUGGUGGCUAUAAAGAUCCUAAAAAAUCACCCCUCGUAUGCGCGGCAGGGCCAGAUCGAGGUGGGCAUCCUGGCCCGUCUCAGUGGGGAGAAUGCGGAUGAGCAUAACCUGGUGCGGGCUUUCGAGUGCUUCCAGCACCGGAACCAUACCUGCCUCGUGUUUGAGAUGCUUGAACAGAACCUUUAUGAUUUCCUCAAGCAGAACAAGUUCAGCCCGCUGCCUCUAAAGGUGAUACGGCCUAUUCUUCAGCAGGUGGCUACAGCACUGAGGAAGCUGAAGGCUAUGGGUCUGAUUCAUGCUGAUCUGAAGCCUGAAAACAUCAUGCUUGUGGACCCUGUGCGACAGCCAUACCGUGUGAAAGUCAUAGACUUUGGCUCAGCCAGCCAUGUCUCCAAAGCAGUUUGCUCCACAUAUCUCCAGUCACGGUACUACAGGGCACCAGAGAUCAUUUUGGGUCUGCCAUUUUGUGAAGCCAUAGACAUGUGGUCGCUGGGUUGUGUGAUAGCUGAGCUUUUCCUGGGCUGGCCCCUCUACCCUGGGGCUCUGGAGUACGACCAGAUUCGCUACAUUUCCCAGACACAGGGCUUGCCAGGAGAGCACUUGUUAAAUGUGGGCACUAAGACGUCACGCUUCUUCUGCAGAGAGUCAGAUUCCCCUUAUGCAGCAUGGAGACUGAAAUCAACAGAGGAGCAUGAAGCAGAAACAGGAAUGAAAUCAAAAGAAGCCAGAAAGUAUAUUUUCAGCAGUUUGGAUGAUAUUGCGCAUGUAAAUUUAGUGAUGAAUCUGGAAGGCAGUGAUCUGUUGGCGGAAAAGGUGGACCGUGGAGAAUUUGUGGUCUUGCUGAAGAAGAUGUUGUUAAUAGAUGCAGAAAAGAGAAUAGUGCCUAGUGAUGCCCUCGACCAUCCCUUUGUCACCAUGCAGCAUCUGUUGGACUUUCCUCAUAGUAACCAUGUCAAAUCCUGUUUCCACAUCAUGGACACCUGUCGGUCACGUCCUGGCACAUACGAGGCCAUCAACCGCAACAAGGCUCCAUUCGCAAGGCCCAUCACCACAUCAGCACCCAACCUCACAGUGCCCUUCAGCAAGAUGGCUGGCGUGCAUACUCAGCCUUUAGCUCCAUCUGCUCCCUCUGUCAUGCACCCUGGUAUCCCACUACAAACAGGAAGUGGUCAGUUUGGGGACUCUUUUCAACAAACCCUGAUCCUCUGUCCCCCAACCAUACAAGGCCUCCCCCCAAACCCAAGUAAGCCAGUGGGAUUCUCUGUACGAAUGGAGAGCACAGUGCCCCUGGUGACCCAGGCUCCUGCCAUCCAGCCUCUACAGAUUAGACCAGGGGUCAUAACUCAGCAGACGUGGUCUAAUCGAGCCCAGCAGAUUCUGGUACCUGCCUGGCAGCAGGUGACCCCUGUGGCCCCUCCACCAACCACAUUGGCCUCUGACACUGUGGCAGGCCCACAGAGACUAGCAGACUGGGGGAAAGUUCGUCCUCAUGGUAACCAUUACAACACCAUAAUGCCCCACCCCCAGCCACUCCUAACCAGCCAAAUGGCCAUGUCCGCACACCAGCCAAUUAGCAUAGGUAUUGCUCAUGUGGUGUGGCCACAGCCAGCUGCUAACAAGAGAAAUAAACUCUGUGGAAACAGGAAUAAUUUCUUACACAACAGCAACACCCAGAACUCCACCUGCCAGUCCCCAAAGACAACUGAGAAUGGAAAAAACCCAGAGGAACAGGGGGAAGUGAAAGAUCAUUGCCCGCCACCAGAGUGCACGGUGGAGGCGGAGUUACAGUCGGUGCAGGAGGAAGAGGAGUCUGUGUGCUGUAAGGUGGAGCCAGAGCCGAAUGAACUGGACAUGUCUCAGAAGCAGAGGCAAGCUAUUACAAUAGCGGACACACCGAGCCCAACCAGUAGUGUGAUCAGCAUCAGCAGUGACACAGAUGAUGAAGAUGUGCAUGGAGCACAGAGGCAUUCACUAGAGUGCAAAGGCAGUCCAGAGUGUGAAGCAUGUCAGAACACUCUGAACAUGGAGCGUGUGUGCUCUCUCAGCAGCCCGGACUCCAGCCUCAGUACAAGCUCUUCAGCCUCGGUGCAGUCCAGCACCUCACCCUGCAAGAGGCCCAACAGCAUGUCUGAUGACGAGCGAGAGAGUGGCUGUGACACGGUGGAUGGCUCACCUGCCUCCGAUUGCUCCGGUCAAGUAGACAGCCCUUUCCUGGACAGCCGCUAUGUAACGGAUGGAAAUCAGAACUGCAAGGCUUCCACGGAGGUGGAAUCAGGCAAACCACCCGUACGGACUAUGGUGGUCCCACCCAUGAGAGUGCACAACAACAACGAACCCGUAGCCAGAACAGGUCGCAUACCUCUGGAUUAUGCAGCUAUAGUAGGUCAAAGAAGCUCGUACAGAGUCGUCAUUCCUGUCCAAAGGGCGCACAGGUACAGGCAGACAGACCCAGCACGCCCCCACAGCACUCCUAAACCGGCAGCAGAAGGUCACCUCCGGACCACAGCCCCAGCUGCCUCCACCUGCUUUUGGACAGGUCCAACAUUACAGCUCCUCCCACCAGGAGUGGAAUGGCAACUACAGCCACCGUCGACCUCAGGCCUUCAUCCCACCUACAGUACAUGGCCACACCUUCACAUUACAACAUGGAAGCCCCACCCACACUACGGCCCACCCUGCUCCUCCACACCUGGGUGUCCACCCCCACCCCCAUGCCCAGCACACCCUGCUCUCUUACCCCCCUUCAGGUCCUUUGGUGACAGCUGCCCCUAUGGCACACCUUCUGGCCUCCCCUGGAGCCACACGGAGUCAUGUUCUUCAGCCAGCCUACAGCCUGUCCCAUCCAGCCGGACAUUUGGUGCACCAGGUCACUGUGGGUCUCAACCCCCGCCUGCUACCAUCACCAACCCUCCACCCCCAGGGCCAGUUCAAGCCCCUCUUCCCCCCACACUCCUACAUUGCCUCACCCGCAUACACAGGCUUCCCCCUCAGUCCCACCAAACUCAGUCAGUACCCAUACAUCUGAGGCAUGCUUCUUGGCUCACUUGAAGGGGGCAGCCUGCCUGCACAGUUCCCUAGUUUUGGACCUUGGACCUAUAGCUGGACCCCUUAUAGGAACCACAAAACAUCUGGUUUUCAUCCCCAAAGCCAUGGCACAAGAGAGAAAGCAAACUAUUUUUCUGGGUCAUGUAAACUCGAGUGCAAUUGAACUUUGAGCUUUAACAAAAACAAACAAACAAAACAAAAAAAAAAAAGAAUUUUUGAAGGCAUUUGGCAAGUUGGUAAAAAAAAAGCAUAGAAAAAGCAAGUGUGGGAAAUAUAUAAGUGGAUGGUUAAUGGAAAACGUAGUGUGUUUUGCACAUUUUGUAUACCUUCACACCAGAUUUUCAAAUGAGUGCUCCUAAAAACAGGUUAAUAAUAACAGAAGGUGCCGAAAAGACAAAAAAAAAUAUCACAUGAUGAACCUUGGGCCCUAAUCUAUUUUUCUAUAAUGCCUUGUAACUUGUGCAAGACACAUCUUCGUUUGUAAAGCCACCCCAGUAUCCUGGCCAUGGCCAACAUACACAUGUGUCCACGUUGUGAUGUUCUGUGCGUUUCAAGUAUUUGUACUUUUCCUGGUGUCAUUGAUGUUUUCAGUGUUGAGUCAUGGAUUAGAGAAGUGGGUGUUACUCACGGUGCAUGUGUUCUUGCAUGAGCUGCAAAUGUUGAUCGAAGAGAUGCCUAGAUGUUGCUGUUAAUGUUACUGUCAUGACACGCUGCAUUGUUUAAAUUUGUCCCCAGCCAGAGUGCCUUAAAUAUUUGAAGUUGUUUGUUACUACUUACAUUAAUUCAUCUUAUUCAUAUUUUCUCGCUCGCUCGCUCUCUCACUCUCUCUCAUUCAUAUAUAUAUAUAUAUAUAUAAAAAAUGAAUGAGAGAGAAAGUGUGUGUGUGUGUGUGUGUGUGUGUGUGUGUGUGUGUGUGUGUAAAAAUGUAGUGGACUGCAGCACUUGAAAUUCGUAUCAGUCCAUGCAUUCUUUGUAUGUAUUAUGUAUACGCACAGGUGUAUUCUUUCAUGCAUAAAUUGGCAUGGAUAUAAUGCCCUGCAAUAGGCAGUGCUUUAUUUUUUAAUGCAGUGUAUAUUUGAGAAGUAGACAGUUACUUUUGUUCCAUAAGCAGAGGAUGGCAUGCUUUUGCUGUAGCGAAUGCUUGCUGUUCAGUUUCAAUAUUCGUUUUUGUUACCUUCCCCAAAUGAACUAGUGUACAAUGAGUAAGCAUUGAAUUCUGCGUAAUGUUUGAUAAUCAAUUUCUAUUUAGUAAAACCUCUUACUACUAACAGUAUUUGUACUGUUUAAUGAAACUGCAAUACAAUCUAAAUAGUUGUUGAUUUUUCUGAUGUCUGUUUUUAUUUUUAUUUUCUUGUUUGACUGGGUUGUUUUUUAUUCUUUCUAGAUGUGUAGAAAUGUAGUGGGCAUGGCUUUGACUAGGUGAAGACAAAAAUGCAAAUAAGCCUUUGAUUCUUGUAUGGAUUCAUCUUAGCCUGAAGAGACCGUGCAGUAUAGUGUGUGUGUGUGUGUGUGUGUGUGUGUGUGUGUGUGUGUGU